AUUUAAAAUAACCUACACCAUGCUUUUUCCAGAACUUUAAUCAUUAGAAGACUUUGAAUAUAUUAAAAAUCUAGGAUCAGGAUAUUCUUCAACGUAUUAUACUUUAUUCUAUUAUCAUAGUGUUGAUCUAUAUAAACACAUUUAAACCAAUAAAAUAGUAGCCGUGAAGAAAUUAUCGAUAAAAAAUUUAUCUUAAUCUGAAUGUAGAAAAACUUAUGAUACUGAAAUAACUAUCCUAACAAAAUUAAAAGGUUGCUCAAAUGUAGUUUAAUUAAUUGGAUUUGGAUUCUACACUACCAUAGAUAAUAGUACUAGAAGAACGAAAACUUUAAACAAUUAUUUCCUAAUUUUAGAAUAUAUUGAUGCAUAACCUUUGGAUAAAAAUAAUGAAAGAAUUACUAAAUAAUUCUACUACAAACUUUUAUAAAGUAUAAUUUAUAAUCUAUAUUGUAGCUGUUUAAAAGAUUCAUGAAUUAGGAGUAGUUCAUAGAGAUUUAAAUUUAAAUAACGUGUUGGUAUAAAAUAAUGAACCUAUACUGAUUGAUUUUGCCUUUGGUGCAGUUACAAAUGGCAAGUAGAAAUUUGCUGAAUUUUAUGGAACUAAACCUUAUGUAGCUCCAGAAAUUGUUGAUGGAUAAUCCUAUCUUCCAUACCCUACUGAAGUAUAUAGUUUAGGAGUUAUAUUAUUGGAAUUAAUAAAUAACAAUGAAUCCUAAGAAAUAGCAGCCUAGAUGAUGCAAUAAAAUCCAUAUAAAAGACCUAACCUGGAAGAUGUUAUUGCCCAUCCUUACUUCUAAUUUUGAUUUUAAUUAUUUGUAUUUCUCUAAUAUCAAUUAUAACUU